GGCCCGUGACAACCCGCCGGCGCCAUGCGCGCCCUCCUCGGCCCCCAGGGACCUCGCGCGCCCCGUUUCCUGCUGCUGCUCCUCCUCUUGGGCCUCCUGGGCGCCGCGCGCCUCGUCGUGUCGGACGGCGACCCCCAAGCUUCAACUUUUACAAGUCUUCAAAUCCGAGAUGAAAUGAUGGCAAAAUAUUCCAACUUUUCCUUGGAGAGUCAUAACAUAUCCCUGACUGAAAAUUCAAAUGUGCCAAUAGAAAAAAAUAUCACUUUAGAAAGACCGUCUAAUGUAGAACUUACAUGCCAAUUUACAACAUCUGGUAAUCUGAAAUCAGUAAAUGUGACUUGGAAAAAAGGUGAUGAAAUACUUAAGAACAAUAUCAUCAAUGUGACAGAAAGCACCUUGUACACCCAAUACAUGUUCACCAUCUUUAAUAGUAAACAAAUGGGAAGCUAUUCUUGUUUCUUUGAAGAGAAAAAGGAGCAGAAAGGCACAUUUAACUUCAAAGUCCCUCAACUUCAUAGGAAAACAAAACCAUUGAUCACUUAUGUGGGAGACUCAACUGUUUUGAAAUGUGUAUGUCAAGAUUGUUUUCCUUUAAAUUGGACCUGGUACAGUAGCAAUGGAAGUAUUCAGGUUCCUAUUGAUAUUGGAAUGAAUGAAAAGUAUAUGAUUAAUACAACAUAUGCAAAUGAAACAAAGCUCAAGAUCAUGCAACUUUCAGAGGAAGAUCAGCGAUCUUACUGGUGUCACGCAGUAUUCCAGUUAGGCGAGAGUGAAGAGCAAAUUGAACUUGUAGUGCUGAGCUAUUUGGUGCCCCUCAAACCAUUUCUUGCAAUAGCUGCCGAAGUGGUUGUUUUAGUGACUGUUAUUCUGCUUUGUGAAGUGUACACACAAAAGAAAAGGAAUCAUCCAGAUGAUGGGAAAGAAUUUGAACAAAUUGAACAGCUGAAGUCAGAUGAUAGCAAUGGUAUUGAAAAUAAUACCCCCAGGCAUAGAAAAAAUGAGUCUACAGACUAAUGAAAGAGAAACAUCAUGUCAAGAAUCACAGGAAGAAGUACAAAGAGUUUGUAUUUUAGCUUUGCUUAUGCUUCCUGUUAAAAGCAUCUGAUAUUUUUUUAAAGGACAAGAACUUGAUAAAAUAUACUGUGUAGUUGCAUUUAAAUAAAUGUGCUCAUCAGGUAUAAUGAUAUAUUUUCAUUCUGUAAUUAUUUUGUAUCUAAGCAAGGUAAAUGUAUUAAAAUUGUUUUACGAGCUAUAACCAAGGACAAUUGAUUUGCAGGUUUUCCUGAGGCAUAAUUGUCACCAGCAAAACUAGCUAAGAGUAACUGGAUCAAAUGCUAUGCAAGACCUUUUUAUAACCAAAGAAUUAAUUAAAGAGAA